AUGGUGCCUUCCUUCGCCCUCGGCGUUGCCCUGCUAGCUGCGCUAGCUGCAGCCGUCCCCGCGCCGCAUCUCCAGGUGAGAUCGUCCAGCAGAACGAUCACCGCGCUCUCCUCCACUGCGACCGCUGCGUUCAGUCCGUACACGUACUACGCCAGCGCGGGCUACUGCUCCGCGUCCGAGACGAGCAACUGGAGCUGUGGGGCGAACUGCGAUGCGAACCCGACUUUCAAGCCCGUCGCGUCGGGAGGCGACGGGGACUCCGUCCAGUACUGGUAUGUUGGAUACGACCCGACCCUCGAUACGGUGAUCGUUUCGCAUCAGGGAACUGAUCCCGACGAGAUCCUUCCGUUGGUCACGGACGGGGACAUUAUCAUGAUAAACCCGGACACGACGCUCUUCCCUGGCCUCAGCUCGAGUAUCGAAGUGCACCAGGGCUUCGCGGACGAGCAAGCAAA